GCCAAAAUAGAGGAGUAUAUACUGGAUAGUCAUAAUAGUAGAAGAGUCAUAGUCCGGUCAACUUCGGCGUCUCCCGGCUCCCGCCCGCGGCUGCGCGUCACCACUUCGCAUCACUCGCUGCCUCGCACGAGUCGCACCGUCGCAAGCCGCGGUAUCGUGGCAGCGACCAACCCGUCGCGCCGCGCGCUAUAAAAAUCCUUCCAUGCCACAGAGCUUCUUGACAUCACCAUCGAUCAGUCACAUCCUUCGCCUUCCCAGCAUGGCACGCAUGCCUCCUCCUCUCGCUGUCGCUUGCACGGCUCUCCUGCUCCUCCUCUUCGUCUCGGUCUCGCCGUGCCGCGCGGCGUCAGGUGGCGACCCGUCCGCCGUGCUGCUGCCGGUGAGCAAGGACGACGCGACGCAGCAGUACGUGACGAUGUUCCGGCAGCGGACGCCGCAGGCGCCCUUGAAGGCCGUGCUGGACCUCGCCGGCGCCACGCUGUGGGUGGACUGCGAGGCCGGGUACGUGUCGUCGUCGUACGCGCGCGUGCCGUGCGGGUCCAAGCAGUGCCGCCUCGCCAAGACCAACGCGUGCGCCACCAGCUGCGACGGCGCGCCGUCGCCGGCCUGCCUCAACGACACCUGCGGCGGGUUCCCGGAGAACACGGUCACGCACGUCAGCACCAGCGGCAACGUCAUCACCGACGUGCUGUCCCUGCCCACCACCUUCCGCCCGGCCCCGGGGCCGCUCGCCACCGCGCCGGCGUUCCUGUUCACAUGCGGCGCCACGUUCCUGACCGAAGGCCUCGCCGCCGGCGCCACCGGCAUGGUGUCUCUCAGCCGCGCCCGCUUCGCUUUCCCCACGCAGCUCGCCGCCACCUUCCGCUUCUCCCGCAAGUUCGCGCUCUGCCUCCCGCCGGCCGCCGCGGCCGGCGUCGUCAUCUUCGGCGACGCGCCCUACGUGUUCCAGCCUGGUGUUGACCUCUCCAAGUCGCUCAUCUACACACCACUCCUCGUCAACCCGGUGAGCACGGGGGGCGUGUCCACCAAGGGAGACAAAUCAACCGAAUACUUCGUCGGCUUGACGCGCAUCAAGGUGAACGGCCGCGCCGUGCCGCUGAACACGACGCUGCUUGCCAUCAACAAGAAGGGAGUGGGUGGCACCAAGCUGAGCACGGUGACCCCCUACACCGUGCUGGAGACCUCCAUCCACAAGGCGGUCACCGACGCGUUCGCGGCCGAGACGUCCAUGAUCCCGCGAGUGCCGGCCGUGGCUCCGUUCAAGCUGUGCUACGACGGGAGCAAGGUGGCGGGCACACGCGUGGGGCCGGCCGUGCCGACGGUCGAGCUGGUGUUCCAGAGCGAGGCCACGUCGUGGGUGGUGUUCGGGGCGAACUCGAUGGUGGCCACCAAGGGCGGCGCUCUCUGCCUCGGUGUGGUGGACGGCGGCGUGGCGUCGGAAACGUCGGUGGUGAUCGGCGGUCACAUGAUGGAGGACAACCUGCUGGAGUUUGACCUGGUGGGAUCGCGGCUGGGGUUCAGCUCCUCCCUCCUGUUCCGGCAAACGACCUGCAACAACUUUCGCCUCGGCUAGAUGUGCAACGCAUGGCAGUCGCCACUGCAGCUUAGCUUACUAUCUCAAAAAAAAAAAAGAUGCUUUGCAUUUCUUUGUGCAAUCGUGUGAAGUUGUUGGAAUAAAUUGUUCAUCCAUUACAACUAGUCAACCAGCGUAGGCAUUUGACUUGGAUCUACUUGUUCUUUACCAUAUCCUUGAUAGUGAGAGGUGGCGUUUGACUGAAACAACAAUUUGGAAUCAAUUUUGCUAUAUAUUAUCGAUAAA